AGUACGCUGGGGCGGUGACGUCACCAGUAUGCGUCUCAAAGUGUGAUGGCGGCCUGCAUGUCCGCAGGAUGAACUCUCCGUCAAAGUACAACUUAGAUCUUCAUUUUUCACUCUAAAUACAACUUUUAUCUUCAUUUUUUCUUCCAAGACCGCGAUAUGAUGAUGAUUUCUUCGUUGGUGCGCCGAGUUGGCCGCCUGGUGCACCCAACGCUACUUCCGGCUACAAGCCCCGCCCCCCUGCACCCCUGCAGGACGCUGGCCUCCAAGCAGGUCAAAGGUAACAGGAAGGAGCAGAGGCCAAAGGUCAACAGCAAAAAAAAAAAGGAAGUGGAAAUCCGGAAGGAGCAGAGGCCUAAGGUCAACAGCAACAAACAGGAAGUGGAAAUCUGGAAGAAUAUGACGGUGGAGGAGCUCGCUCGCGCCAUGGACCGAGACUUUGAUCACAUUGUGGAGGCGCUGCUGAAUACGUCGCUGGAUGUGGACUAUCUGGAGCCAGACUCGGUUCUGGACGAUAUGUGGAUCAAAGAGGUGGUGAAGCGCUCAGGAAUGAAGAUGCAAUGGGCCAAACUGCGAGAGAGCCCAGAAAGAGAGUACAGAGAUGCCGUGCCACGACCUCCGGCGGACCAGAGCAGAAUGGUGCCGCGCCCCCCAGUGGUGACCAUCAUGGGUCACGUGGACCACGGCAAGACCACGCUGCUGGAUAGUCUGAGGAAAAGCCAGAUUGCCGCCACGGAAGCCGGCGGCAUCACGCAGCACAUCGGAGCCUUCCGAGUGGAGUUGCCCACUACAGGUGAGACCAUCACCUUCCUGGACACGCCCGGCCAUGCCGCCUUCUCCGCCAUGAGGGCGCGUGGAGCCCACGCCACAGACUUGGUCAUCCUGGUGGUGGCGGCCGACGACGGCGUGAUGAAACAGACGGUGGAAUCCAUCCAGCACGCCAAGCGGGCCGCAGUACCAAUCAUCGUGGCGGUCAACAAGUGCGACAAACCUCAGGCCGACCCUCAGAGGGUCAAACGGGAACUCCUGGCUCACGAUGUGGUCUGCGAGGAGUUGGGAGGAGACGUUCAGGCCAUCCACAUCUCCGCCCUCAAGGGGGACAACCUGCUGGCUCUGGUGGAGGCCACGCUGGCCCUGGCAGAGGUGCUGGAGCUGAAGGCGGAGCCUGAUGGCCCAGUGGAGGGCGUGGUCAUCGAGAGUCGCACGGACAAAGGCAGAGGUCCCGCCACGACUGCCAUCGUCCAGCGGGGGACGCUGAAGCGAGGCUGUGUCCUGGUGGCAGGGAGGACUUGGGCAAAGGUGCGCUACCUGUUUGACGAGAAGGGCCGAGUGGUCAAAGAGGCGGGGCCAAGCAUGGCGGUGGAGGUGAUGGGCUGGAAGGAGCUUCCGCCUGCCGGCGAUUCCAUCUUGGAGGUGGAGUCUGAGCAGCGAGCCAGAGAGGUGGUGGACUGGAGGAACCGAGAGGCGGAGCUUCAGAGGAUGAGGGCGGAGCAAAGCGUCAUCCAAGUGAAACAGAAAGAACACCUGGAUGAGUACAGGAAGCAGAGGGAGGGGCUGACCCACCUCUCCUGGCGCCAAAGGAACUUCCUCCAGUACCAAAACACCAAGGGCAAGCUGAGGCCCAGCGAGAAGACGUCCCACGCCGACCUCAGCCUGCCGCUCAUCAUCAAAGCUGAUGUGGACGGCUCUUUGGAGGCAAUCUUGAGUAUUGUGGACACCUACGACGCCCAGGACCAGUGUGGACUGGCGGUGGUUCACUCUGGCAUCGGCGACGUCUCCGAAAAUGACCUCAACAUGGCGGUGACUUUUGGAGGCAGCGUGUACGGCUUCAACGUGGCGGCCAGCAAGUCCAUCCAGCAGAUGGCGGAGAGGCAGAGUGUCCCACUGAAGCUCAACGCCAUCAUCUACCAGCUGGUUGAGCAGCUGAAGGCGGAUCUUAACAGCAAGUUGCCGCCACUCCUACAUCACAACGCUGUGGGUGAGGCGGCGGUGCUGGCGGUGUUCCAUGUGACGCAGGGCAAGAAGAAGAUGGCGGUGGCUGGCUGUCGCGUUCACAAAGGUCAGCUCAAUCGCCAGCUGCGCUUCCGUCUGCUUCGAGGCGGAGAGACGCUGUGGGAAGGUUCUCUGGUGGGGUUGAAGCACCACAAAGACGAGGUGGGUGUGGUGAAGGCGGGAAUGGAGUGCGGCCUGUCACUGGACUCCGACGUGGCGUUCAACGUUGGCGACGUCAUCCAAUGUUUGGAGGAGCUGGACGUGCCGCAGGUCACCACCUGGGACCCCGGCUUUUGAUCAUUUCCUGCUUGACAACCUCCAGACACAAACGCUUCCACUGUUGAACACACUCACCAGGAGGAGGAGUUCUUACCUGUGGACGCCUCUUGGGGGGGCGUGGCCUUCUGGGCUUCAGCAUGCUCUUGGCUUCCAAACACUUCCUCUGCAGACCAAAACCACUUCUUCUUCACAACUGCUUCCCAGUGUAACCAUUCUUCUUCACUAUGGGUAUUUCUCAUCUGAAGGGGAGCCUGACAGAUAAAGUUUGAGAACCAUUGUGUGUGUGUGUGUGUGUGUGUGUGUGUGUGUGUGUGUGUGUGUGUGUGUGUGUGUGUGUGUGUGUGUGUGUGUGUGUGUGUGUGUGUGUGUGUGUGUGCGUGCGCGCGCGCCACUAGUGGUACAUAGGCUCCAUCGAGUAGAAGCAUUUAAGUCCAAUUUCAAAACUCAAUUGUAUACUUUAAAUCGAGCCCUUUUAGAAAAGUUGAUCUCCCGUCUUUCUUUUCUGUUUUGCCCCCCCUUCAUGCAUGGAGAGAUGAAGUGCUAGCUGUUCAAAGUCUCCACAUCUGCAGUCCAUUCCAAGGAUUGUGGUUGUUCCCAUUGGGCUGACUUUUUUCUUGCCCUGAAGUGGGAUCUGAGCCCUGGAUGUCGUUGUAACUUGUGCAGCCCUUUGAGACGUUUGUGAUUAGUGGCUAGGUAGGUAGGUCGUUACUGUCAUUGCACAAGUACAACAAAACUUUGUUUUCAGCACAAACCUGUUGAAGAUUAGACAAAGAAACAGUGUACAGGGUUACAGAACAAGAACACUGAUGGGUGGCCAUAAUAUGGGGAAAAAGGUCCACGCUAGGGAAGGAUGAGUAAAAAAAAUACAAUCCAGACUGGGCUCCUAAGGGGGCCCAGUUCGGAGUGAGAUAAAACCUCCAUAGCAAAGCACAUAUACAUAUUACAACAUACAUUUCCAGAUAUCUAGCAACAGAGGGAAGGUAGUUCAAGGUCAUGGUGGUAGGUCGCAGCUCUCAGGCGCUGACCAUCAUUCAUCACCCCUACGGGAUUGUGUCGAGGGCAUUGGGUUGGGGGACAGGAGGGUGUAUGCGUGGCGUAUAUUUUUUUGUGGAUGUGUGUGUAUAUAAGCCUAUAGUGUGUUUCUGUUCCGCGGCCUUGAUGUAUUUGCUGUCGCUAGUCCAAAGUUCACAACAACAGGUGUGUGUCCAUGAGACAAAAAAGGGAGUUACUUGUGUCUUCCUGCAGUGAUCUUCGGGAGAGUCUCGAAGCCAGGGAAAAAAAUCCAAGUUAAAAUGAUUUGUAUGCGAGUGAAAAUAAAAUUAGCUUUUCACUCUAAAAUUGUCUAUGACUGGUCCUCAAAACUGUGGGUUAGACAGUUCGAUGUAAUCCACAGUUCUUCCCGCAUCCUCCAAUAUGUAAAUACAUUUUAAUUGAUUGUGGUACGUCAAAUAAUCACUCCAGGUACAUUUUUUUUUCUUCGUAUAUGCCAAUACAGUGUUACUUUUCAACCUGUGUGGAAUGUUACUGUGGCUUAAAAUAUAUAUACAUACAAACCCCGUUUCCAUAUGAGUUGGGAAAUUGUGUUAGAUGUAAAUAUUAACGGAAUACAAUGAUCAGGGAUUGCUCAAGGAUUUGUGAAGAAGAAGCUGAAAGACACCAGACCCAAUAAUGCAAAUGAGCUAAAGGACGCUAUUGAAGCAUCCUGGGCAUCCAUAACACCUCAGCAAUGCCACAGGCUAAUUGCCUCCAUGCCACGCUGCAUUGAUGCAGUAAUCCCUGCAAAAUGAUUCCCAACCAAGUACUGAGUGCAUUAAUUGACAUUUUCAAAUGUUUGAUUUUGUUUUGCUCUUAUAAAUCUUUUUUUUUUACUUGGUCUGAGGAAAUAUUCUAAUUUGUUGGGAUAGGAUUUUUGAGUUUUCUUAAGCUGUAUGCAAUAAUCAGCAAUAUUAAAAUAAUUAAAAGGCUUGCAAUAUUUCAGUUGAUGUGUAAUGAAUCCAGAAUGUAUGACAUUUUCAUGUUUUUAGUUGCAUUACAGAAACUAAAGGACUUUUUCACAA